GCUCGCAGCAGCCUCAGGUAAAUAUACCUGUGGGCCUCCAGCGGAUUCAGUGUCCUCUAGCACAGGUUGGCCCCGCCCAUUUCCUUCCCAGCCGCGCCGCUGAGGUGUGACGCUCUCUUCUUUACCUGUUCAUCCCGACAGCUUGUUGAACAGAUAACACGCAUGUGUCAGCAGAGAGUGAGAUAAAAACAGCGCCUGCUUUCAAGAAGCCGAUUAUACACAAACCUCCGCGGGUUUCAUCGCGUUCUCUAACUGACGCGUGAUUUGACGACAAGACAACCCGCGCGCUCAUUCUGAGGAGGUUUUGCCAGCGCGCGACAUGGUUUAUGUGUGGAAAGUGGAUACGGGGGAAUAAUAUUGACAAUAAAUGCACUUAUUCCCAAAGGAACUUUUCAAGGGCAGAUGGGUUCUCCUCGGAAGUUUUGGGAUCACGCGAGAGUCCGUUUGCACGGGUAAACUCACAGUAAAUACGACUCCCAUCUGCCAAACUAGUCAUCAACCUGAACCUGCAUUAACAUCAGAUCUGAAUUAUGGAUGGUGAUGGACAGCCUCUGGCUUCAGAUGGUGACUCGAAGCUCCAAUCCAGAGGUGGCUUCUCCCUAAACAACUGGCGUUCCUCUUCAAGAUCUUUACUGCGAGGAGGAGAGGAUGUGAGCCGAAGGCUGCUGUCCGUUGUGAACCACCAGGAACACACAGACUCGGGGUCUAGUCCCACCUCAAAAUCCCUUGAGGUGACCGCAGGGUUAGAUGGCACAACAGCAACCACCACCACCACCUCCACCGUGACCACAUCCACUCCGUCUCGCCUCGACAAAGCCAUGGCAGAGUCAGCAGGGCCUGCGGGAGCCCCUCAGCCAUCCGAAUCAGAAGAAAGGGUCUUCGCUGACCAGUCCACAUUUCUCCAGAGACAGUUCAGCUCCUUGCUGCAGCCAGGGGUCAACAAGUUCUCACUGCGAAUGUUUGGGAGUGCAACAGGUGUUGCAGCCGAGCAGGAACGGGUCAAGUCAUUUGGGGUUUGGAUUAUCCAUCCAUAUAGUGACUUCAGGUUCUAUUGGGACUUGGUGAUGCUGUGCCUGAUGAUGGGCAACCUCAUCAUUCUACCAUGGGGCAUCACCUUCUUUGAGGAUCAGAACACACUGCCAUGGAUCACCUUCAACGUGGCCUCUGACACUCUCUUCCUGGCUGACCUCGUCUUCAACUUUCGUACCGGUAUUAUGGAAGCCGACAACACCCAAAUCAUCCUGGACCCACAAGUGAUAAGUCGGCGUUACCUUCGAGGCUGGUUUCUGGUGGACUUCAUCUCCUCCAUUCCGGUAGACUACAUCUUCCUGGUGGUGGAUAUAGAAGCCCGGCUUGAGUCGGCAGAGGUGUACCGCACUGCCAGGGCUUUGCGCAUCGUCCGCUUCACCAAGAUCCUCAGUCUGCUCAGAUUGUUGCGCUUGUCCAGACUUAUACGUUACAUUCAUCAAUGGGAAGAGAUCUUCCAUAUGACCUAUGACCUUGCAAGCGCAGUAGUUCGCAUAGUGAAUCUGAUUGGAAUGAUGCUGCUGCUGUGUCACUGGAAUGGCUGCAUGCAGUUCAUGGUGCCCAUGCUGCAAGAUUUCCCAUCAAACUGCUGGGUCUCCAAAAACAACAUGGUGAAUUCCACUUGGGAUGUCCAAUACUCCUAUGCCCUUUUUAUGGCCAUGAGCCAUAUGCUGUGUAUUGGAUAUGGUGCUCAGGCACCUGAGGGAGCAACUGAUGUCUGGCUCACGAUGAUGAGCAUGAUUGUUGGCGCCACCUGUUACGCCAUGUUCUUGGGCAAUGCCACCAACCUGAUCCAGUCCUUGGAUGCUUCCCAUCGUCAGUAUCAAGAGAAGUACAAACAAGUGGAACAGUACAUGUCCUUCCACAAGCUGCCGGCUGACAUGAGGCAGAGGAUCCAUGAUUAUUAUGAGCAUCGCUUCCAGGGCAAGAUGUUUGACGAGGAAAAUAUCCUCGAGGAACUCAGUGACCCGCUAAAAGAGGAGAUAGUGAACUAUAACUGCCGUGGGCUGAUGGCUAACAUGCCUCUCUUUGCGAAUGCUGAUCCUCACUUCGUCACAGUGCUCCUCACAAAGUUACGCUUCGAGGUCUUUCAGCCAGGUGAUAUAAUCAUCCGUGAAGGGACACUUGGUCGUAAAAUGUACUUCAUCCAGCAUGGCUGCGUCAGUGUGAUCACUCAUGACAAUAAAGUGAAGACACUGAAUGACGGCUGCUACUUCGGGGAAAUCUGUCUGCUGACCCGUGGACGUCGUACAGCCAGCGUCAGAGCCGGCACAUACUGCAGACUUUAUUCACUGAGUGUGAGCAGCUUUAAUGAGGUCUUAGAGGAGAACCCAUUAAUGAGGAGGGCGUUUGAGAGUGUAGCAGUGGACCGUCUGGAGCAUGAGGGAAACGAAAUUGUGCAUUCACACAAGAGUGUGGAGGAUGAUGGGGACUAAUGGACUCACCGAAGAUGACUGAAUGCAGAAAAAAAAACAUGGUGUUACAGUGUCCAUAUAAUUGACAUUAAUGACAAUGUACAGUUGCAGUAUGGUGUGAUUUAAUUAAAAUAGUUAUUUCUUAUUCUUAAUUUGACAAUGCAAUAUAUUGGAACAUAAAAAUAAACUAUGUCAGUCCUGUAGAUUUGAUAAUGUUUAGUUGGCUCUUGAGAUACUGGAUCCAUGCAAUUAAUUUCAGUCAGAAACCAUUAGUUUAGCAGGGACCUUGAUGAAUGGGGUAUAACAAUAUGUAUGCAGCAAUAUAUAUUAUAAUACAAGUGCAUUAACGAUACAAUAAAAUUAACUGAACAUAGCACAAAACAUACCAUAACAUUACAAAAGCUUUUGUUUCUAAAUUUCUACUAAGCUCCUUUAGUUUCAAGGAAUAGUAGCCCUUAGUCAAGGAAUUGCUCUGUAAAUUUUGCAUUUAUCAAAAUAUCUCCAAGGCAGAUUUGAAUAUGUUAACUAAGUACAACUCAAUGUUUAACUCUUUAAUCUUGAUGUCUUUGACAUUGCUUUCAUUAAAAAACCUCCAGGCAGCCACCAGCAUGUAACAGUGUUGCGCUUACUCGAGCUUUCAUUAUUGUUGUGCUGCUGGUGGAAGGUCUCUGGAUGUAUCAUGUGGAGACAAACAGAUAAUCAAAUCGAGGUAAAUCAAUGAAAAAAAAGUGGAAAAUAACAUUUCUAUUAGUUGUUUUAUAAUACAAUAAUAUACUGAAUUCUAUCUGCUUUCCGGAUCAACACUGAGCACUUAAGAAUCAUGCACUGUAAGAAAAGAUGUCUGCUAACUGAAAGACAUGGAUGAGCUUGGACAUCUGCCCAUUGUCCUCUCAACUUCAAAUUCAAGUAUUAAACAAUAUGAGUCACAUAUUCACUGAUUAAACUCAUUUACGUUUGGCCUGAGCCCUUUCUUGCGACAAUCGAUUAGGAUGAAAAUAACCCUUUGAGAGGAGGUAUUUUUCAAAUGUGCUUUUGAGGAAAAUAUUUACUUAGGAGCAAGUGAUAUAUGUUCAUUUUAAAUUAUAUUUUGUUAGUAACAUUUCUACGCUUCUCUGUUGUUGGAAAGAAAAAGAGAAAUAUUAUCCCACAUAAUGUGUGAAAUUAUAGAGAUGAAUGAGGAGUAUUAUGAAAAAGCAACUGAGAUUUUGAAUGUAAAUGUUAAUUUGAUGUGUUUCAUAUGCCACUAUAUUAUUAACUGUUAAAUACAAUUGCUGUACAUGAGUCUAUAUACAGUUUGGUAGAAUAUUAAGUUUACCAGCUUAAUGUGUCAUUAUUAUUUACAGGGAAUUACAAUUUCCUUUAUUUAAUUGUUUUCAUAC